AUGAAGAUAUACACACACAACGUUAGGGGCCUGAACACCCCGCACAAGAGGCACACCCUACUCAAAGAUCUGAAAACCUCCCAAGCAGACAUAAUUUGUCUGCAAGAAACACACUUCCAAUCCACCACUAGCCCGGUCCUAGGAAAGGCAACAUACCCGCACCAGUAUCACGCCACCGCGCCCUCAAAACGUAAAGGCGUCUCCAUCCUAAUCAGCCGACACCUUGCAUUUGACGAAAUAACGGUCACAAAAGACCCACAUGGGAGAUACAUUAUACUGAUCUGCACCAUUAAUAGCUCUACAUACACAAUAGUCAAUACGUACAUGCCAAAUGCAAACCAAUGUGGAUACCUCCACAACCUCUUGAAGCUCAUAACCUCAACACAAACGGGCACAACGAUCAUAUACGGAGAUUUUAAUCAGAUCCAAGACCCCGCGCUAGACUCAACAGCGCAGCACACACCCCAUAGGAACAAGGUAAUCCACAGGCAAUGUAAAUCUCUAACCAGGCUCCUACAGUCACAUGGCCUAUACGACGCAUGGCGCACACUACACCCAACAGAGAGGGAAUACACACACUUCUCCCAGGUACACAACACCUACUCAAGAAUCGAUGGCUUCCUCUUACAGAGCGCACAUCUGAAUCGUGCAGUAGCGUGUGAGAUAGGUACCUCUGCCUGGUCAGACCACAACCCAGUGGAACUUACACUAGCUGACCACUACAACUACAAAAACAGGGGCCCUUGGAGGCUCAAUGAGCAACUUCUCACUGAUCCUCAAUUCAUCCAAUCACUACGACACGACAUGCAGACAUACUUUCAUACCAAUGACACCCCGGAAGUUACCCCGCUCACCCUUUGGAUGACCCAUAAACCGGUCAUCAGGGGCAUACUCAUAAGACGGGCAGCCCACCUCAAAAAACAGCAACAGCACGCACCAAUACAGAACCUCAAAAGAUUACAAGACCUGCACAGAACAAACCAAAUAACUCCCUCCAAGGCCACGCGGGCUGAGAUCACUGACCUGCAAAAACAAAUCCACACUGUCAACUUCCAAAAA